AUGGCGCGCGCGAAGCAGACUGCACGUCUCUCUACAGGUGGCAAACAACCCCGUCAAGCCCUUCACACCAAAACAGCACGAAAGUCAUUGAAAGCGCGUGCUACUGUUCCUACAACCGGAGUGAAAAGAGCUCGUCGGUAUAGACCGGGAACGGUUGCUCUGCGAGAGAUACGACGUUAUCAGAAAUCCACCGAUCUGCUGAUUAGGAAACUUCCUUUUCAACGCCUUGUCCGAGAAAUCGCCCAGAGUUUCAACUCGGAUCUCAGGUUUCAAUCAUCAGCCCUGGGCGCCCUUCAGGAAGCUGCUGAAAAUUAUUUGGUGUCGCUUUUUGAAGACACGAACUGGUGUACCAUUCAUGCCAAGCGAGUCACCAUACAGUCCAAGGAUAUGCAAUUAGCCAGACGGCUCCGCAACAAUAGGAUUUCUGUACCUUAA